AUGCCAGUACAGUCAGCACUCGAGACUUCUGGACCGGGUUGCCUUUUCAUAGCUUUUGCUGUAGCUGCCGUUAUCUACCUGGCGAGAAGUUGUCACCGUAUCCAACAGCUGCGGGAUCUUGAACAACUUCAUGGCUGCAAGAAGCCACCCAACGAAAGCGACCGUUUCCGAUAUGAUUUCUUUGGCAUCGCCAAGGCCAUAGAGUUGGCGUUUAGUUUCCGGACCCGAACCUCCCUCCGUUAUACAAAUGUUCUCUUCCAAAAGUACGGAGAGACUUAUACUUCCAAUGUCCUGGGAUACCGGCUUCUCUUUACCUGCAGCGCGGAGAACACCAAACACCUGUUAUCCACGGCAUUUGUCGACUUUGACAGCUCCCCACUGCGAAAGCCCUUGUUUAAGCCCAUUACUCCACAGGGAAUCUUUACCCUCGACGGUGCAGACUGGAAGACAAGCCGGGAGCAGUUGCGGAGUCGGCUCUCUAACCUUCGCAAGGCUAUCGAUCUCACAUUGUGCGAACAACACUUCCAGGCCUUCUGUCAACACGUCCCAUCCAAUGGACAGGUCUUCGACAUUCAAUCCCGUUUCUUUGCUCUCUCUCUGGAUAUUCAGACCUCAUUUUCUCUGGGGGAAUCGGUCGAUGCUCUCAGCCUCACUCAAUCACUAGAGAAGGAGCAAUUUUUAAAGCACCUGCUUUUGGUCAAGGAAAGGAUCGUGCAAGAUGGCUUCCGUGGCCCGCUCCGUCAUUUGUCUUCCAAGCGAAAGUUUCUUCAGUCAUGCAAGAGGGCACGCGAAUAUGUGGUGGUUCGUGCGAUCCGGGAAAUCGAAAGGCGAAAUAACAUGGAGGGAAAACCUGGAAAAAAAGGUGCUUCCAAAUCAGAUUCCAGUUCAGUUACCGACGAAAUAUCACAGCUCACUGAUCAAUCUUUGAGCAUCUUACUCGCAAAUGACAGCAUGAGCACCACUCUCUCGGGCCUUUUCUUCUGUCUCUCCCAGGAUGCGCGGGUCGUCCGCAAGCUGCGAGCAAGUAUCCUGGACACCAUUGGACUGACACCUCCGACGUGGGAACAACUCGGAAGACUGCAUUAUAUCCGCUGGGUACUACAGGAAGGUACGAGAUCUCCAUUGAGGCUCUAUCCCCCAGUUGUACUCAAUGCUAGGGUGGCGAACAAGAAUUCAACACUGCCCAACGGUGGUGGAUCUGAUGGCAACUCGCCUGUUCUUGUCAUGAAAGGAGAUAUUGUAGUCUUUUCGACCUGGGCGAGACAUCGCUUAGGGGAGGACUUUGGGGAUAAACCAGAGACUUUUUAUCCAGAACGGUGGGAACACCUAAGCGGAGACAUGGCCGGAUUUAUCCCAUUCAACAAGGGUCCUAGGAUUUGCCCUGGCCAGCAAUAUGCUAUGAUUGUACUCACGUACGUUGUGGCUCGCAUGUUCCAGACCUUUUCGACCGUUUUCAAUUAUAAUCCCGGGCCAUGGAAAGAACGGAUUAGCAUGACAUUCGAGAAUGAAAAUGGGGUUCUAGUCGGGCUUAGUUAG